GCAGCGCGAGGGGAAGGUUUGCAGCGCGCGCACACCCAGAGGAGGAGGAGGGAAAAAAAAAAAAAAGGAAAAGGAUUUACAAAUUCGCUGGGUGGUUUUUGUUGUUGUUGUUGUCGUCGUCCUCCCCCCCCGCCCCCGGCGCGAUGGCAAGGCGGCUCGGAGGGAUGCGAGGAGGAGAGCUGCGGGGGGAGGAGGCGGGGUGCUGAGCUGCUCCGCUCGCCCUGCUGCUGCUUUGUGUGUGUGUCCUGGAUUUUUCUUUUUUUUUUUUCUUUUUUUUUUUUUUUGGGAGAAGGAGCUUGUGGCAGCGGCGCCGAGGAGAGGAAGAGGAGGAGUAGAGGGGAAGCCUUUUUAAUUCAUUUUCGUUCCAAAUUCCGCAUUUCGAGUCUCUGCAGCCAGCCGGACUUGUGGUGGUGUGGGUGGUGGUUGUGCGUGGGGUGUUUUGUUUUUUGGUUUGUUCCCCCCCCCCCCGCCUCCUUGCUGAGCGGGGAGAGGAGCCGGGGGGAUCCCGCCAGGGCAGCCCCGUCCCCGCGCGGAGGGACGGCGAAGCUGUUGUUGUUUUGUAAUAAGAUUGUCUGGGUCGCACCACCCCUUUUCCCCCCCGCAGCCCUCUCAGUUUUUGUGUCUCUCCGUGUGUGCGCGCUGCCUCUGUGUGCGGUGUUUGAAAAUGGAGGUUGAAGAUGCAGACUGCCAGCCCCGAUGUGCCUCAUGUUUGCGACUCCUGUGCACGAUGUACCACUGCAGCCAGCGCUGAGGGGAGACGGCGGCGACCCCCGCCCCGCCGCCCCGGAGGCAGCGUCGCCCCGGGGCUUUCAUGCCUUGUUGUUGUUGCCGUUAAUACAGCUUGAAUAUCUGUGUAUUUUUGGUGUGGUUGCUCCGGAAGAUCAACACCCAGGGACCUCAAAAACCCUCCGGUUUGCCAGUCCGAAGGGUCUUGGUUUUUUUUUUUUUUAAUUCUUGAGGCAACGUGGAUUUAUUUAUCCAGCCCUGGUUCUCGUCCGCCUUUGCCUCCUUCGUUAUUUUUAGAGGACAGGGAGAGAAAAAGCGAACAAUUUUGGACUUUUUUUUUUUUUUCGGAAAGGGGGAUUUUGUCCAAUUAAAAAAAGAGGAAUGAAGUCUAGCGCUGGAGGAGGGUCCCUCGCCGUCGUCUGGGGGUUUCUGCUCGUCUUCGCCGCACUUUGUCUGUGGCCAACAAAUGGGGAAAUUUGCGGGCCAAAUGUUGACAUUCGCAAUGAUAUCCAUGAGCUGAAACGCCUGGAGAACUGUACGGUAAUAGAGGGUUUCCUUCAAAUUCUGCUCAUCUCUAAAGCAGAGGAUUACCGCAACUUCCGCUUCCCAAAGCUCACUGUCAUAACUGACUAUUUGCUGCUGUUCCGCGUGGCAGGCUUGGAAAGCCUCAGUGAUCUCUUCCCCAACCUCACAGUCAUUCGUGGGAGGAACCUAUUCUACAACUAUGCCUUGGUUAUCUUUGAAAUGACAAAUCUGAAAGAGAUUGGCCUUCACAACUUGAGGAACAUAACCCGCGGGGCCAUACGGAUUGAGAAGAACUCUGACCUGUGUUACCUCUCCACGGUGGACUGGUCUCUCAUCCUAGAUGCAGUGUCCAAUAACUACAUUGUUGGGAAUAAACCUCCAAAGGAAUGUGGGGACUUGUGUCCAGGAACAAUGGAAGAGAAGCCAUUGUGUGAGAAGACAUCUAUUAACAAUGAGUACAAUUACCGCUGCUGGACCACCAACCACUGCCAGAAAAUGUGCCCCAGCUCAUGUGGCAAGCGAGCCUGUACAGACCAAAAUGAGUGUUGCCACCCUGAAUGCUUGGGGAGCUGCACGGCGCCUGACAACAACACCGCUUGCGUGGCCUGCCGCAAUUACUACUACGAAGGAGUCUGCAUGCCUACCUGUCCUCCCAACACCUACAAGUUCGAGGGCUGGCGCUGUGUGACUAAAGAGUUUUGCUCCAAAGUCCCUGCCACCGAAACAAGUGAAUACGAGAGGUUUGUGAUUCACAACGAUGAGUGCAUGGCAGAAUGCCCCUCUGGAUUUAUACGCAAUGGGAGCCAAAGCAUGUUCUGCAGUCCUUGUGAGGGGCCUUGUCCCAAAAUCUGUGAGGAUGGGAAAACAAAGACCAUUGACUCUGUCACGUCAGCACAAAUGUUGCAGGGAUGCACAAUUCUCAAGGGGAAUCUGCUGAUUAACAUCCGUCGUGGAAAUAACAUCGCAUCAGAACUGGAGAAUUUUAUGGGUCUGAUUGAGACAGUAACAGGGUAUGUGAAGAUUCGCCAUUCCCAUGCAUUAGUCUCCCUAUCUUUCUUGAAGAACCUGCGGUAUAUUCUGGGAGAGGAACAGGUGGACGGGAAUUAUUCCUUCUACGUGCUUGACAACCACAAUCUUCAGCAGCUGUGGGACUGGAACCAUCAUAACUUGACGAUCAAGGAGGGGAAAAUGUAUUUUGCAUUUAAUCCUAAACUGUGUGUUUCUGAGAUUUACCGUAUGGAGGAAGUUUCAGGAACCAAGGGACGACAGAGCAAAGGAGAUAUAAAUCCAAGGAACAAUGGGGAGAGAGCCUCUUGUGAAAGCCACAUUCUGCGUUUUGUUUCCAACACUACGCUCAAGAAUCGGAUUAAGCUAACAUGGGAACGGUAUCGCCCUCCAGAUUAUAGAGAUCUCAUUAGCUUCACUGUUUACUACAAAGAAGCACCAUUCAAAAAUGUGACAGAGUACGAUGGGCAAGAUGCAUGUGGCUCCAAUAGCUGGAACAUGGUCGAUGUUGACCUACCACCGAACAAAGAGAACAAUCCUGGAAUUUUACUGCAAGGAUUGAAACCUUGGACUCAAUACGCCAUUUAUGUCAAGGCUGUUACCCUCACAAUGAUGGAAAAUCAUCAUAUUCAUGGAGCAAAAAGUGAAAUUGUAUAUAUACGAACCAAUGCUGCAGUGCCAUCCAUUCCCUUGGAUGUUAUUUCAGCAUCCAACUCCUCAUCCCAACUGAUUGUGAAAUGGAAUCCUCCCUCUCUUCCCAAUGGCAACCUCUCAUACUACAUCGUACGAUGGCAGCAGCAACCUCAGGACAGUUACCUUUACAGACACAAUUACUGCUCCAAAGAUAAAGUCCCAAUUCGAAGAUAUGCUGAUGGGACCAUUGAUACAGAAGAAGCUACUGAACCCACCAAGCCGGAGGGCUGUGGGGGAGAAAAAGGACCUUGUUGUGCUUGUCCCAAGACAGAGGCAGAAAAGCAAGCUGAGAAGGAGGAAGCAGAGUACCGGAAAGUCUUUGAGAACUUCCUUCACAACUCCAUCUUUGUGCCCAGACCUGAUCGGAAGCGGAGGGACGUGUUCCGAAUCGCAAAUGCCACUUUGGCCACUCGAAACAGGAAUGCGACUGGGACAGACCACUUCACCAAUGUUUCUGACGCAGAGGAGAGUGAGGUGGAAUACCCGUUCUUUGAGACCAAAGUGGAUGGCAAGGAGAGAACUGUGAUCUCCCAUCUCCAGCCUUUUACUCUUUACCGCAUUGAUAUCCACAGCUGCAACCAUGAAGCUGACACACUUGGUUGUAGCGCUUCCAACUUCGUCUUUGCAAGAACCAUGCCUUCAGAGGGAGCAGAUAACAUUCCAGGAACGGUAGCAUGGGAAGCAAAAGAAGAAAAUACCGUCUACCUGAAGUGGUUAGAGCCUGCAAAUCCAAACGGGCUGAUACUGAUGUAUGAAAUCAAAUACGGGCAGCAUGGCGAGGAGAAGCGGGAAUGUGUUUCCAGACAAGAAUACAAGAAGCUAGGAGGAGCUAAGCUGACUCAUCUGAACCCCGGAAACUAUUCUGCUAGAGUUCAGGCCACUUCGUUAGCUGGAAAUGGGUCAUGGACUGAGCCAGUCUCUUUCUAUGUGCAACCCAAAUCAGCAAACUAUGGAAACUUCUUGCACUUGAUAAUUGUGCUCCCUAUUGCUUUCCUGCUCAUCAUUGGGGGAUUACUGAUAAUGCUAUAUGUCUUUAACAAAAAGAGGAACAGUGACAGACUGGGCAAUGGAGUACUCUAUGCUUCUGUGAACCCCGAGUACUUCAGUGCUUCAGAUGUGUAUGUUCCAGACGAAUGGGAGGUGCCCCGUGAGAAGAUCACCAUGUGUCGGGAGCUUGGGCAAGGCUCCUUUGGAAUGGUGUACGAGGGAAUAGCCAAGGGAGUGGUGAAGGAUGAGCCAGAGACCAGGGUGGCCAUCAAAACUGUCAAUGAGUCUGCAAGCAUGCGUGAGAGGAUAGAGUUCUUAAACGAGGCCUCGGUGAUGAAGGAGUUCAAUUGUCACCAUGUGGUUCGGCUGCUUGGUGUUGUUUCUCAGGGGCAGCCUACGCUGGUUAUCAUGGAACUGAUGACACGUGGGGACCUCAAAAGUUACCUGCGAUCGUUGAGGCCAGACACAGAGAAUAAUCCUGGCCAGGCACCUCCAACUCUGAAGAAGAUGAUUCAGAUGGCAGGAGAGAUUGCUGAUGGGAUGGCAUACCUCAACGCCAACAAAUUUGUUCACAGAGACCUUGCUGCAAGAAACUGCAUGGUAGCAGAAGACUUCACAGUGAAAAUUGGAGAUUUUGGCAUGACAAGAGAUAUCUACGAGACAGAUUAUUAUCGUAAAGGAGGGAAAGGUUUGCUGCCUGUCCGCUGGAUGUCCCCAGAAUCACUGAAAGAUGGAGUCUUCACAACGCACUCCGAUGUCUGGUCUUUUGGUGUUGUACUUUGGGAGAUUGCAACGUUAGCAGAGCAGCCAUACCAAGGCAUGACCAAUGAACAAGUGCUCCGCUUUGUGAUGGAAGGAGGUCUGCUGGAAAAACCAGACAAUUGUCCCGAUAUGCUGUUUGAACUGAUGCGCAUGUGUUGGCAGUACAACCCGAAAAUGAGGCCCUCCUUCCUGGAAAUAAUCGGUAGCAUUAAAGACGAGCUGGAUCCAGCGUUCAAAGAAGUCUCCUUCUUCUACAGCGAAGAGAACAAGCCUCCGGACACAGAGGAGCUUGACCUGGAGACUGAAAACAUGGAGAGCAUUCCUUUAGAUCCCUCCUCCACCCUCCAACCCACUGACAAGCACUCAGGACACAAAGCCGAGAACGGCCCCGGCGUGGUGGUCCUUCGGGCCAGCUUUGAGGAGAGACAGCCGUACGCACACAUGAACGGGGGACGCAAGAACGAGAGGGCCUUACCGUUGCCCCAGUCUUCGGCCUGCUGAUCCUUAGAACCAGAAUCUCACAGAAAUAAAACACAGAAAAACACGCGCGUGCAUUGGGGGAAGAAAGAAAGAAAAUUACAAUAUAUUCAAAAGCCUACUGUACCUCAGUGGAUCUUCAGAACUGCCAUAGCUGCACUUGGGAGAACCCUUUUUUCAGUAAACAAGUUAUCGUAUUUUUCUUUUUCAAUAUGCAAGCAGAUGUUUGUUUCAGUAAAGGACUCCAUUCAUGGGGCACACAGUUGGCCUUUUAAAACUCUAAUGUUAACACUUAAUAGCAACAGAAAACUUGAGAUCUGAUGUCUCUCUCUCUCUCUCCUCUCUCUUCUUUCUCUUUCUUUCUGUCUCUCUCUUUGCUUCAUAAUGGGAAACAUAUCUGCGUGCAAGUUCAACCGUACAGCACUUUUAUCAGAUCAAAGAUAUCGCAGGCCAGGUGGCUCCCCGGUACCCUUGCAAGCACCUGCCUAACACUGUAGGUCUUUAUAAAAAAAACAAACAAACAAAAAACAAACAAAAAACCCACAAAAAAAAUUAAAAAAGACUGGAUUUUUAAUGUUGCUCUUUAAUCUUUUUAGGAACACGUAAAAGAAUAAAAAAGGGCCAUCAUUCAUCCAAGGUUGUUACCAUUUUCAACGCUGCCAAAUUUUGCCAAAAAACCUGAACUCUUUGGUUUUUGUUUUUGGUUUUUUUUUGUAGGCAUGGAAGGAGCACAGUAAUCAACUGCUCUGUUUAAAAGAGAUCCUGACCAAUACAUUCUAUUCAAUCAUACACUGGUAUUUAAAAAAAAAAAAAUUAAAAAAAAUCAAAUUGUCUAGAUCUUUUUUCAAAACUGGACAAAAUGUGAUUUUUUUUUUUUCUUGUGAUGGAGAAGAUAAAAGGGAUGGGGUAAAGAAACAGCCCUCCCUCCACCCCUAUCCCCAUCCCAAUGAAUUCUGGACAAAACUGGCAGUGGUGAGCUAAACAAACACGUGCAUUUUGUACAAAAAAAAGUCAACCGCACGCCAAAAAUGAAACAUGAAAAACAUGAAAAUAACCGGCAGAGAUCUCCAUCGUUGCAGCCUGCCUUCCUUCACAGGCUUGCAAGGAAAAAAACAGCUAGAAACAUAAAUUGGAGAAGACAAAAAAAAGCAGUAACCGGAUUCAAGUAUAUUGAUGCUUUGUUGACCUUUUCUCUUUAUUAUUAAGACUUCUCGAAGGGUCUUGCAGUUCUAUGUUAGACCAUGGAUCAUUUGCAUACACAUUGUCUUUUGUGUCACUUUUAUAACUUUUUUACGGUUCAGAUACUCAUCUAUAUGUCUGUACAGAAAAAAGCUGCUAUUUUUUUUGUUCUUUAUCUUUGUGGAUUUAAUCUAUGAAAACCUUCAGGUCUGCCCUCCUUCCCUUCCCUUCCACUUCAACAAAUUUUCUUAUGCUUUGUACUAUAGUGUGUAACUUUUACUUCCUCCUUCCCAGUAACUGAUACCUUUCAUAUGAUUUGCCAUGAACUGUUUAAUGCCUUUUUAUAAAUACAUUUCCUCUUUUUUUUUUUUUUUCUUUCCCAUUGGUUGUUUUACAACAUCUUGGCUGUGUGGGCUACGGGGCUUUUGAGGGGGACAUGGAGAAAGAAGGGAACACCCUGCACGGAAGCACUCUAGCAGUGCCGUGCUGUGGUGUUUUUAAACCCCGGUUUUCCUUCCUUCCCACUAACCUCUGCCCAGACAGCAUGCGAGUCUCUUACAGUGCAAGGCAUGAUACAAACUCAGGUCAGAAAAAAAAGGUUAAAUAUUUAGUACAUUCGUGUUCAGUGUUUAUAUUCAUUGUUGUACAAGGGUCCUACCCCUCCUUCCCUCCCUGCUUGUUUUGGUUGUGGCACACAUCCACCCACCCAUCCCCACACAGACACACACAGAUAUAUAUAUAUAUAUUAUUAUUUUUUUCCAGUUGUUGGGUACAACAGCAGACACCAGGCUUUUGGGUCACUGAUUUUUAAAAAGACUGUUUUAACCUUUCCACCCCCUGAACAAGAGCUAUGCCAGCUGCAGCUGGUGAUGCCAAGCAUUCGUAGGGUGGCCGUUGGACACCUGGCUCCAGCAGACCCCAGCUCUUCAUCCUCCUAAGGAGGAAGCCCUCAUGGAGGGUGCCCCGGGCUGCACUUUGCACCCCUGCUUAAAAAAAUAAAGUAACAAAACCAAACCAAACCCACCACGCCAUUUCCAUGGGGCUGGGUGGAAAGCAUGUAGCUGGGGCCAGUGGCUUGGCUAGCAAACAGUUAAGUGUAGGCAGCUAUGGAAACCUGUACAAGUACAAGCUUGUUGCUUAAAUCAUAGACCAAACCUCAGAACAAAAGAAAAUGAGUAAGCUUGUUUGUUCAGUUGCAGAAGUCUUGGUGAAAGGGGAAGGAGGGGGCCAUCAGAACGUCUACAACCAGGGAGUCAUACCAGUUGCUCAUCUUACCUUAGCGACAGCGUCUAAGCCUUUGUUUAGCACUGAUCCAACCGAAUGAUGGCAGUGAAGAGGUGGUUCUGGGAUGGAAAUGUUUCAAUCUUUUGAGUAAGAACAAAGAAUUAAAAUAUACUGAUUGCUAGUUUUGACUGGAGAUUUAAAAAAAGUUUGUAGUGCUUUUUGCUUGUGUAGUUUAGGUCCCAUUAUCUUCUCUUGCCUCUGUCCCAUAGUUAUUUUUCCCUUAUAAAAAUGAAAAAGACAAAAAAGUUAAUUAAGAAGGUAUUCUAUGUAGGAUUUUUUAUUUAUUUUUGUGAUAUCAGUUUAAAUCACUGUAGAGAUGCCCCAUAAUAAAUUUAAAUACUGAGAUAAGGGUUUUUGAGUAUGACAGGGGGACAGUUUUUGAUUUUUUUCAAACAUUUAUCUACCUCACUCUUAUUUUUUUAUAUGUGUGUAUAUAAAAAAAAAUACAUCUCACAUUUCUCAGCAGCCAAUAAAUGCCAUUGAUACUGGUAACCUCUCACUCCAUAUACCACAUGCUCUAGGUUCUGGAGGGGAACAGUCACUGCCUGUCACAGAGGGUCACGUCAGAAUAUUUGCCUCAAUUCCAAGGAGUUUCUCCAAUUUUUUGGUUCAGAUUCGUUAUUGUGAGGAAAAAUCUGAGAGUUGCCUGACUCCGUUUCCUUCAAGAACGGUCACCCUCAAAGGCUUUUUAAUGUGCUGUCAUGGCAGUCCUUGGGUCAGCAAGAAAACACCACGUGUUUAGAUGAGCAGAGAUGUAGCUGACCUGAUGAGGACUUCAAAUUGAGAUUAUUUGGUUAAAUCUGUUAGAGAAAUCGAUUGUUUACAAUGUUUGAAGGUCCAGAGGAAUUGCUGGAGUAAAGGGAACGGUCUUUCUGUUUGUCCUGUAGAACGGGCUAAGUCAUUCCUGCCAGUUUUUCCUCAGAUGCCACAAGCACCAAAAAGAUACCUGGCUGAAUCAGCAUCUAAAAAGAAAUUGGCUCAUACAGCAAUAGCAUUGCUUUCUUGACCAAAAAAACAGUGAAAAAACGUGUCACAGACUGCCUGAUGAUGCUACUACAUCUUUGCUGCUUCUAUUUGAUGAGAGCACUGAUUUUUUUUUUUUUUUUUUUUUUUUUUUUUAGAAACUAACAUUGGAUUGAUGUAACAUGCCAGUAAAAAUUCGGUUCCAUUUUCUUCCCCUGUUCAUACGCUUCAUAACUGUGGAUUCUGAUGGACUAGCCAUCACAUUUUAACUGCCCUCUGACAGCAUGUAACUGGUUUACAAGCACACAAGACUAACGCAAGCUUGCCAUCAACUUAGCAACUAUCGAGUGCACCCUCAGCAGCUUUGCCGACAACACCGAGCUGUGUGGUGUGGUCAACACGCUGGAGGGAUGGGAUGCCAUCCAGAGGCACCUGGACAGGCUUGAGAGGUGGGCCUGUGCAAACUGCAUGGAGUUCAACAAGGCCAAGUGCAAGGUCCUGCACGUUGGGGUCGGGGCAAUCCCAAGCACAACGCAGGCUGGGUGGAGAAUGGAUGGAGAGCAGCCCUGAGGAGAAGGACUUGUGGGUGUUGGGGGACGAGAAGCCCAAUGUGACCAGUCAAUGUGCACUAGCAGCCCAGAAAGCCAACCGUGUCCUGGGCUGCAUCCCCAGCAGCGUGACCAGCAGGUCGAGGGAGGGGAUUCUGCCCCUCUACUCCGCUCUGGUGAGACCCCCCCUGCAGUACUGCGAUCAGCUCUGGGGUCCCCAGUACCAGACAGACAUGGAGCUGUUGGAGUGAGUGCAGAGGAGGCUGCAAAGAUGAUCCGAGGGCUGGAGCACCUCUGCUAUGAGGACAGGCUGAGAGAGUUGGGCUUGUUCAGCCUGGAGAAGAGAAGGCUCCAGGGAGACCUUAGAGCACCUUCCAGUACCUGAGGGGGCUCUAGGAAAGCUGGAGAGGGGCUGUUUACAAGGGCAGGGGGUCACAGGACAAGGAGUAAUGGUUUCAAACUGAAGGAGGGGAGAUUUAGAUUAGAUUUUAGGAAGAAAUUCUUCCCUGUGAGGGUGGUGAGGCCCUGGCACAGGUUGUCCAGAGAAGCUGUGGAUGCCCCAUCCUUGGAAGUGUUCAAGGCCAGGUUGGAUGGGGCUUUGGGCAACCUGGGCUAGGGGAAGGUGUCCCUGCCCAUGGCAGGGGGUUGGAACUAGAUGGUCUUUAAGGUCCCUUCCAACCCAGACCAUUCUGUGAUUCUAUGAACUUGAUGUAGAAUGUUUUUUUCCAGCUGUGGCAGCUGUUCUUGCAGGUGUUGGUUGUGGUAUCUGAGUAACAUGGUGCUUGGCCACUUCAGGUUGUACCCAGCCUCUUGAAUGCGCAGCACUUUGGUUAAGUACUGCAGAGUUUGGCUUUGGAGGGAGCGUUCCUCUCUGGCCCUGAGAAACCAGCAAAAUUUAAAGUUUUUCCUAGAUUGUUUGGGUUUUCUGUUUUUUAUUAGAUUCCAGUGACCUUUUGGUGCAGUGACUAUUCCCCUCUCUUGCACAUAUUGAUUACCACAACUGGAGAUCCUCAGAUCUUUCAGCUGGCUAGGAGGGUUUUGUUAAAACUGUCCAAGUUACUGGUUUUUAUAAUUGUAUGUAGGUGGUUUUAAAAUGCAUUAGGAAGAAACACUAAUGACUUAGCACCCAUCAUGAUAAAACAUUUCAAAAAGCACUUCAGUAGAAGACAGUCAUGUGACAUCACGUACGCAUGUGUGAUGACAGUCAGCUCUCCUGGACCAAACCACCUUCAGGAUACCAUUGCAUUCUGUGUUUGCAAUUCAAGCUUAAUUCCUUUUUUUGUUCUGUUUGUUUCCAUAGCUUUUUUUGUUGUGUUUUGUGCGUUUUGAAUAGCUUUAUUCACAUGGGUUUUUCAUGCAGACUUCCCUUGGACAGUAAAUCAAGUUGUUUGUGCAUGUGAACAACUAAGAAUUAAUGUUGGCUUGAUAGAGUCAUAAUAUGGUUUGUAAUGUUGUUCUUCCCUGAGACCACUGGCUUGUCUGGUAUGGAAAAUUUAUUUAGAACUUCAGCUAUGUUUGAAUAAAGUUAAAGUAACCCAAUUUGUUUAUAAAUUAAAAACAAAAGCCCACCCAGCCCCAAAAACCAGCAUUUUGACAAAUGGUACCAAGAUGUUCUAACACAGUAGGAUGACAAAUUGGCGUCUCUGCGGGAGUGGGCGGCUUUGGUUUUAGUGCUUGGCCGUUGUUCUCACCUGACUCGCAUUUAAAAGCUGCUGGGUGGCACAGAAGGUGGUUUGGUUGCAAAGGAAUGUGGCUCCUACGUAAGCACAGGGGUGUCAGCCACGUGGUGCUGAGUAAGGCUCUCUUUUGGGGGAGCGAUAAACUAGACACAGAAGCCGAGCGUGACGGAAAGCAUGAGGCCAGCCUGCGUGCACCAAGUCUUUCUCGGCGUGAUGCCUCUGCUCUUUAAAGCUGGUUCUAAGUGAUGUAUGAUUCUAGGCACGUUCGCACUGAUGCUCCUCUUGGUCUUGCAAAACAAAGGAAAGAAAGCCCAGUUUGCCCAGGAUGACUGGUUGCCAGAGGGAACUGCUGUCAGGUCCUCUGGGAACUGCUGCGGGGUGUUUGGUACAAUCUGAGUCUAAGUCAAAAACACUCCUAUUGUUGGUAUAACUCCAUACAUAUAUAUCUAUAUAUACAUAUAUAUAUCUGCAUAUGUAUAUCUAUAAUAUAGAUAUAUAUAUUUAAACCCUUUUCAUUCCAUUAGUACAAGUAACACUUGUUUCCUGUUGUUCUUAUUUUGUUUGUCAACCAUGUAUUUAAUCACUGGGCUGAACAACAGUGGAGGAAGGUGCAAGGGAUCCACUCCUUACUAACCGGUGAUAAAAGCCAGAUAUUGCAACUUAACCCAUGAGUAGUUGCGCAAACAAUAAUUUAAGAAUGAUGUGUAGAAACAACAGUAGUGGCCAGGGGUGCUGAAGAUACAGAACUAUAAACAGGCAGGAGGGUUUCAAAGGGUGCUUCAGAUCAGAAACUGGUUGCUCAGAGACAAUGAAAGAACGGCCUCUGAAAUUGGUGAACGGCCUCUGAAAUCAAGUGCAGCCAGGUGAAUCAGAAUUGAGAAAGGUUUGUGUGGAGACACAUGGAAACAAAGGCCAUGGAGAUGGGUAUUUACAGAGACACGGGGCUUGGCAGAAGUUUGAGGUGGUUUCCUGAGCUUGUUUUGUGGAGCAGCAUCAGAGCUCGGGUAUCGCAGUUCUGAUCGUUGGUACUUGUAAAUAAACCUCUGGACUUUCCAGCUGGAGCGGUCAGUUCAUUACCAGGAGUUUAACGGUGGUUAUCAUCAGUCUGUAGGAAUCAGCCUCAACUUACAGUUGGUCUGUUUUGCAAGUACCUUAAGACUAUCACUAGUUUGUGUGUGUGCAUAUGUAUGUGUGCUCAUCUUUUUUUUUUUUUUCUUUUAAUGCGUUUUGUUGGUAAGUAAUCCAUUAGCAUUUUCAAUAGGGCUUUAAGUCCAGUAGAUUACGGGUAGUCAGUUGACGAAGAUCUGGUUUACAAGAACUAAUUAAAUGUUUCAUUGCAUUUUGUAAGUACAUAGAAUAAUUUUAUAAAAUGUUUGUAGUUUAUAAAUGCCUAAAAUAUAAUUUAAGGGCACUUUUCUGUGUCUGUGUAUGGGUGUGUCUGUAUGUGAUCAGUUUUUUUGAUGGUACCAGUUUCCUAGCUAGCUUUACAAUAUGCCAAAAAGGAUCGCUAACUUGUCCAAUUCAUGGCGUGUCCCUCUCCCCCUACCCGCCCAAGCUUUGUGUCCCAGCAUACAGCGAGUGAAUAAAGAAGUUGGGGAAAUGUUCUGUAUCUUCAGUAUCCUGGUCUUCCAGAGCCCUCUGGUUGGGGUGGGAUCAUCUGAACUGGUCACUUCACUUUACUGUCUAGGGCAGUUACCUUAACAGACUACAGGAACCUCACUGGUCGGGGAAACAGAACGGGUUUUGCUGCUACCCAGCCUCACUUGUGCUGUUCAGUACCUGCUUUACGGUGGCCGUGUGGUUUGAAGGAUGCGACUGCAUAAGAGAAAGAGGGAAGAUGUUUUUUACAAUUACUAUUGAAGAACUACUUGCAGAUUUCUUAUCGCUUUAAAAGUUUGUAUGCAGCCUCUAUAAAGAUGCUGAGCACCAUUUGAAGCUUUGUUGAAAUGAGCAAGGCAGGGUCCCUAUUUAUUUUUAUUUAAGAGUGCUGAGAUCCUUUUCCCCCUCACUCCCCCUAAAUUUGACCAACCACAUUGCCGAAGGGUUACCACGAUUUAGAUACUGUUGAAAAAUCAGCUCUUCUGUUUUCUGAACCAGUGAGGUUUGAGAUGAAAGGAUUGGCCAGAGUUUGUCUACCUCUGGGACAAAAACAAAACUAGAAAGUGCUAAGGAAUGGAUGCAGUUGCAAAUACAACAUUUUCCAAGUUUUCUUGUUUAAAUUUUUUUAAGAGAAAAUUAAACAAUAACAUGGCCAAUUUAUUACAUAAAAAGACUUGCUGUGUAUAAAUUAUUCCUAAAGAAAUUCCUGUGUUUAUAUUAAAAUGAAUCAGUAGAUAAAAAAAAAAUUUCAAAAUGUUUUUGUAUAUUCUGUUGUAAGAAUUUAUUCCUGUUAUUGCGAUAUACUCGGGAUUCUUUACAUUAUGAAAAGAAGAAACUUUGUCUAUUUUGAAUGGCUGAAGCUAAGGCUCCUUUAGUUUCUCUUACUCUGCUUUUUUCUAGUAGUUUCAGUACUACAUGAUUUAAGUUAAAUAAAAGAAUUCUGUAUGCA